AUGAAGGCGGCCAUUUGGACAGGCACAAAGUCCAUCACGCUGACCAGCGUACCUAAACCAACCAUCACCGCGCCCGGCGACGCAAUCGUGCACAUCACCCACUGCACCAUCUGCGGCUCUGAUCUGCACAUGUACAACGGUGAUAUGAACAAUGCCAUGGAGAAGGGCCUGAUCAUGGGUCACGAGGCCAUCGGCAUCGUUGAGCACGUUGGGCCUGACGUCAAAAGUCUCAGUGUAGGAGACAGAGUGAUUAUCCUCCCUGUCAUUGUAUGCGGUGACUGCUUCUACUGCAAGAAGAAGGAAUUCUCGCUCCGUGACAAAACUAAUCCCUACAAGCAGCUGGAGCAGAUGUACGGGCAUAGAUUGUCGGGCCCCAAGGACAUAGAAGCCAAUAAGCUCGUUGGCCUCGCUGACGUGACUCCUACCGCCUGGCAUGGCAAUGAACUGGCCGAGGUAGGCAAGGCAGAUGUCGUUGGCGUUUGGGGCUGCGGCGCUGUCGGACUUUCGAUCCAGCGUCUGGCGAAGCUGCGUGGAACCAGCAAGGUCUAUGCCAUUGACAAAGACGAGCACCGCCUCGAUAUCGCCAAGUCGAUGGGUAUGAUUCCCAUCAACGUUAAGGAUCACUCUGAUCCCGCUGACUACAUCUUGUCCAUUGAGCCGCAUGGGCUGGACCGCGGCAUUGAGGCGAGUGGCUUCAGGAGCACCAAUUCAACUGCCCAUGCUACUAUGAAAGCUUUGGGAGUCGAGGGGGACAGCUCUGACACGGUGAGCGCGGCAAUCAAGGCGACGCGUAGGGGAGGCAAUGUCGCGUUGAUCGGGGAUUUUUUCUACAAUACCAACAACUUCCCCAUUGGAAUGCUCAUGGAAAAGGGCAUCACCUUGCGUGGAGGUCAGCUCUACGCUCAGAAGUACUUCCCCCCUCUUCUGGGCCUUGUCAUCGAAGGGAAAUACGAUCCGUCUUUCAUGUUUACCCAUCACGAUAAGUUCGAGAACAUCUCCAAGAACUAUGAUGCCUUCUUUAGUCACAAAACGCCCGGCGGAUUGAAGGUUUGUCUCUCAACUGCCUUUGGACGUGAACAGGGUGGAGGUUCAGUUUGA